CCGUUCGAUAAUGAUAAUGAACCCACGGGCCUAUACUCCGGAGGUGAAGGCGAAUUCGAAUACAGGAAUGAUGUUGCGGCCACGCUGGAUGGGUGUAGUCUCUUCUUGACGACAGGGUCCCUGGUUAGAAGCGCGUACGUCCGCAGAACCUGUGGUUCUCUCUCUACUGACCCCAUUACGGUGAUGAACUAUUCACGAAGUACCCUGACGGGACUGGCAUUGAUGGAAAAUGAAGGGGUCGACGGGUACCUAUACGUGGGCUCUGAGGACGGGAAGCUUUUUGAAGUGCAGUGGAGCAGGCCUCCAAACGACUGUAAACUUGAAGCAGAGCCAAGGAUAGAAGCAGAACCAAACACAGUAUCAGAACCAAGCACAGUAGCAGAACCAAGCACAGUAGCAGAACCAAGCACGGUAGCAGAACCACGCAAUGCUCCUGCAUCUUCUGGAGGGGGCCCUCUUGGAGGCGCUCGCAUUCCGGCUCUGGUAGCUAUUGCGGUGGCCGUGGUAGCCGUGGCAAUCAUUGGCGGCUUGAUUUGCCUUUGGCGCCGACGACGAGCAGGUCUAAACCGUGCCGUCCUACUCGAUGAACAACGGCCUUCAUCUAUACAGGAAGGUGGAGCGUUGGACACGUGGGGAAUUAAGCCGUCCCGGGUCAAGCAGUUGCCUUUCAGAAUCCUGUCGGAAUGUACGGACAAAUUCAGCGAGGGUCGAAGAAUCGGGGAGAGAGGGGCGUUUGGGAAGGUUUACAGAGGCUCGCUCGAUGGCAAGGAGGUCGCGAUAAAAGUGAUGACGGGCGAGCUGACGGACAUCAAACGGAGGCAGUUUGUGGCCGAGGUGAACACCCUCAGCGGCCUCAAUCAUGCUAACCGCGUACAACAAGUUGGGUACUGCGUUGCGGGCGAUCAAAGCAUCUUGGUAUACCCGUUCUUCACAGGAGGCAGCCUGCACGGGCGGUUGUGCCCCAAGGCCGUCGGUGGGGGCGAUGCAAAAGCGCCCGAGGCAGACCAAAUUGUCGAGAAUCCAUCCCCUCCGCUGGCGCUUCUGGAGCGCCUGAGCAUCGCCUUCCAGGUUGCCAAGGGGCUCGGCUACCUUCACGACGCCGCCAGGCCGCCGAUUAUCCAUCGGGACGUGAAGAGCAGCAACAUUCUGCUCGGCGAAGGAUCUGGCGAGAAGCUUCACGUCGUCGUUGCGGAUUUCGGAUUAGCAGCCAUUGGGGAGAGAGUGUUGGGCACCGGGCAUGAUCACGUCGUGCUGACCUCUCACAUCGGCGGCACUUUCGGGUAUAUGUCUCCCGAGUACAUGCUGAGAGGAGAGCUGUCCGAAAAGAACGAUGUGUACUCUUAUGGGGUACUCGUUCUGGAGCUGUUGACGGGCAAGAAGGUGGUCGGGCCGGCUCCUUCCGGUCUGGGAUGGCAGACGCUCGUCGGGUGGGUGAAGCCUUUCCUUCGAGGGGGAGUCGUCCAGAGCGGGAGCAUGGAGAUGCCGUACCUGAUACUUGAUCGGUGCUUGUGGGAUCAGGUGGCUGGAGACUCGAUCAAGAAGAUGGUGAUGAACACAUUCCAACUUGCUUGGGAAUGCGUGGAAGAGGAGUAUGGGUCCAGACCAGCCAUGAGAGAAAUCAUUCAGCGCAUUCACAACAUGUUCCUGGAAGUGGGUUGGGAUGGCCUGACGGUGAUGAUGGUGGACCUAGAAAACGAUGUGGAUGAUGAUGCGGUAACCGCUACACGAGGUCUCAAGGAAUGAAGUGUUUUUUUUAAAGAUAUUGCCACUUGAUUGCGGCAUCAGUAAUUAAGAUGAAUAGCCAGUACAAUAUCUCCGCUCAACAGUCCAACAGAUCAGUCCUGAGCUUUCUCGAAAUAGAAGAAAGGUAAAAAAAGAGUGGAAGCCAUGCAUGGCAUCUCAGGGAACGACGGGCUGUUCUGGAAGUUGUAAUCCUUAACACCACAUGAUGAUCUACUUUGGGGCUCUAACUGCUGUAGACGUUUGUUUCGAUUUAGAAACGACAGGUUUGCGUGAAGCCAUGAUUGGAUAAUGGUAUCGAGCAUACAUUAGGAAAAAAAACAACAAAAAAACCUAUUACACUGUGAUUGGAUCAUUCCGUCGUUCCGUCAGAGUACAGAACCAACGGGCCUACGCGCGUGACCUGGAGCCACGUGUGCUCGUCUCGUUUCUUGUUCCUUUGAUUUUGUGUCUGUGUUGGAGAGAGAGAGAGAGAGAGAGAGAGAGAGAGAGAGAGGGCGUCAUCAUCUAAUUAGUGAUGCAAAUGAAUUAAUAAACAAGAU